AUGGAUGGCGAGAUGUCCGACUCUCCAGCUCCCUCGUCGCCUCCUAGCCUUCCGCAGGUGAUAUCAACGCCUUGCCCCACACCUCUCUUCUCCGCUUUCUCGCGACUGGCCCAGGCAAGGACGGUGGCCAAGCAGCUCGAGGAGGCUGCAAGUGCGGUGUUGCCAGCCAAUCCGACCAUUCAGGAUUUGCCCAAGAUCGCCUGCAAAAAUCGUCUUUUCGUCCAGGAAGAUUUGCUGGCCCGAAAGGGAGCGAAAGGCAGGAAGAGCUGGAUCAGGUCCCAUGGGACAUUCCUCGUCGAAUUGAACCACCAGGAUCAGCCAAUAGGCCAUGUCUGGUGCUGCCAUCGGUGUGACCUGAAGGGCGAAGCUGAGUUCUUCUCAGUGCAGGCUACAUCCUCGGCGGCGGAUCAUCUUCGAAAAACCCAUCGGAUCACGCCAGCGAGCCAGUCGAACGAAUCGAGCCCGAGCCAUGACAGCGGCAUCGAUCUCCAUCCAGCCGUGACGCCAAAACGGCGUCGGCUCGAACAAGGCGUCAUCCCGAAGGCGAAGGUCAGAGCGAUACAAGAGCUGAGCGUUGGCUUUGUAGUAGAUAGCGACGUGCCAUUUACUAUCUUCGAGCACAGCUUCCUUCGAAGGCUGUUUAACCAGUUCGACCAUGAGCUUGUGCUGCAGAUACCGUGGAGCGGCAGUUCCAUCGCCCGAGAGCUGCAGCGCCUCUUCGAUACGAAACGGGAUGUCAUCAAGGCAGAGUUGCGCGAUGCAUUGACGACGAUACACGUCAGCUUCGACCUGUGGACAUCACCGAAUCGGUUUGCGAUUAUGGCUGUGUUCGCACACUUUAUCGACCGAGGGGCACGCCAACAGUCGCGGCUGCUUGCGCUCCGACGCCAAUUUGGCACCCAUAGCGGAGAGAACCUUGCUGCGUCCCUUGUCGGCAUCGCCCAGGACUGGGAGAUCGGGGGGCGAGUCGGCUGUGUUGUGUCUGACAACCUAGCCGCAAAUGAUCAUUGCCUCCAGUACAUGUACAAGCAGCUGGACUCAUCGAUGAGACCCGCUGACAUCAAGGCACGCCGGAUGCGCUGUUACGGACACAUUCUCAAUCUUGUUGCGCGUGCCUUCCUCUUUGGCAAAGAUGCAGAGUCCUUCGAACUCGAAUCCGAGAUCAAUUGCAUGCGUGGUCUUGCAGAGCAGGACCUCAGACACUGGCGCGCGAAGGGACCCAUCGGGAAGCUUCAUAAUAUUGUCAAGUUUAUCCGGUCGUCGCCACAGCGAAGCGAACACUUUAAGCGCAUUGCCCAGGAGGAGGAAUAUGAAGAAUAUCGGCUUUGUGAAGAGUCCACUGCAGAGCUGGAGGUCAUCCUGAACAAUGAGACCCGGUGGAACUCCACAUACAUGAUGAUCGAGAGGGCUUUGAGGAAGCGGACAGACAUCCAGGCCUUCAUCUUUGCUCUUGAAGGCGAACAAGAUGCGGCAAAACACAUCCCGGCGGCUGACGUAUUAUCGAAUGAGGAUUGGCGCGUCCUUGGUGAAGUCAACGCGAUUCUCAAGCCGAUAUACCUUCAGACAAUGCGGACUCAAGGCUGGGGCAAAGCUGACGGCCAUGGGCGCCUGUGGGAGGUGUUGGUGGGGAUGGAGUACCUGUUGGAACACUUUGAAGACUGGAAGGCGUUUUAUGGGGAGGAGGUCGACCAAACCGUGCGCGGCGUCUCCCUGCUCGCUUUGAUGAUGACGAGGUAUACGUAA